AUGAAUUUAUGGGCUCUCUACCUCAAAGCUAUUUUCAACAAUUUCAGAGCAAUGAUUGAGCCAGUAGAAAUUGAAUAUGAUGAGUUUCAAAGUGACUUGGAGAUGAGGCUCAUCUUGAAAGGUCAAGAUCGGUUAAUUGAUAGACUAUUGGACACCUUCACAACACUUGACUUAUCCUCCAAUAGAUUUACUGGAACUAUUCCACCUUCCAUAGGAAAUCUCAAGAUUCUUAGAUACUUGAAUUUGUCCCACAAUACCCUUACAGGACAUAUUCCUUCAUCUCUUAGAAAUAUGAGUGAACUCGAAUCGUUGGACUUGUCUACAAACAAAUUGGAUGGAGAAAUUCCGAAUGAUUUGACAAGGUUGACGUUUCUUGCGAAAUUAAACCUUUCAACGAACAAUCUUGUUGGGCAAAUACCGCAGUCUAAUCAGUUUUCCACAUUUGAGAAUGAUUCAUAUAUGGGAAACUUGGGAUUGUAUGGAGUUCCGUUGACGAGAAAAUGCAAAGAGGAUGAUGGGAAAUCAAUACAGCCUGCUGAAGAAGAAGAUGAUGAAAAUGGAUUUAUAGACGGAUUUGGGUGGCGAUGUGUUGUGAUGGGAUAUGGAAGUGGAUUUGUAGUUGGGAUUGGAAUUGGUUACAUGAUUAUAAGAAGUGGAAGGCCAAGAUGGUUGGUGGAAUUCUUUUUCGGGGUUGGAUAG